AUGACUUCUCGUAAACAACGUCUAGACGUAGGUAGCUCUUCGUCUUCAUCAACCGACCAAACAAGACCAAGAAAACGCCGCUUUGACGAUUCUGAACCUGUUGAUUUCAAUUCUAUUAAAAAAUCAAGAGACUUCAACAACAUGAAUCAAUCGGAUCCAAAUAUCAAUCCAUUUACUAAUCAACCUUACUCAGUACAGUAUCGUGAAUUAUUCAAAAAACGAAGACAAUUACCCGUUUGGGAUUAUAAAGAUGCCUUCAUGACGACACUUGAAAAAAAUCAAGUUACAGUUUUAGUUGGUGAGACUGGAUCCGGCAAAACGACACAAAUUCCUCAAUGGUGUGUCGACUUCGCUGUUGGAUUGCCUGCUGUUGCCGGACAGAAACGUCGUGGUGUUGCCUGUACGCAACCGCGUCGUGUCGCUGCCAUGUCAGUUGCCCAGCGUGUCGCAAACGAAAUGGAUGUUCUACUUGGCCAACAAGUUGGUUAUUCCAUUCGUUUCGAAGAUUGUUCAUCACCAAGCACCGUCUUGAAAUAUAUGACUGACGGUAUGUUAUUACGAGAAGCAAUGUCAGAUCCGUUACUCGAAUCUUACGCAUGUGUCUUACUGGAUGAGGCGCAUGAACGUACAUUAGCAACAGAUAUUCUCAUGGGUCUUCUGAAAGAAGUGGCAAAACAACGAUCCGAUCUGAAAAUUAUUGUUAUGUCUGCCACACUUGAUGCUGGCAAAUUUCAAGAUUAUUUUGAUAAAGCACCUCUGUUAACCAUUCCUGGUCGAACAUUUCCUGUGGAAAUCUUCUAUACACCGGAACCAGAACGUGAUUACUUAGAAGCAGCAAUUCGUACGACCGUACAGAUACACAUGAGCGAAGAGCAAGAAGGUGAUAUUCUACUUUUUCUUACUGGUCAAGAAGAAAUUGAAGAUGCCUGUAAACGUUUACAACGUGAGGUGGAAAAUUUAGGAGCAGACGCUGGUGAAUUGAAAUGUAUUCCAUUAUAUUCAACAUUACCACCGAAUUUGCAACAGCGAAUUUUCGAACCAGCGCCACCUAACAAACCGAACGGUGCCAUUGGCCGCAAAGUUGUCGUCUCAACAAAUAUUGCUGAAACAUCUUUAACCAUCGAUGGUGUCGUCUUUGUCAUUGAUCCCGGCUUCUCGAAACAAAAAGUAUACAAUCCACGUAUUCGUGUAGAAUCGCUUCUCGUCACACCCAUAUCCAAAGCUAGUGCACAACAGCGUGCUGGGCGUGCCGGUCGUACUCGUCCCGGCAAAUGUUUUCGUUUAUAUACAGAAAAAGCAUACAAGUCCGAAAUGCACGAAAAUACCUAUCCAGAAAUUCUUCGAUCAAACUUAGGUAGUGUUGUAUUACAAUUAAAAAAAUUAGGUAUCGAUGAUCUGGUUCAUUUUGAUUUCAUGGAUCCACCUGCACCGGAAACAUUGAUGCGUGCAUUAGAAUUGCUAAACUAUGUAUCUGCUAUCGACGAUGAAGGUGAUCUAACGGACUUAGGUUCAAUGAUGGCUGAAUUUCCACUUGAUCCUCAGCUAGCGAAGAUGGUUAUUGCUUCAUGCGAUUAUUCAUGUUCAAAUGAAAUCCUGUCCUUAACAGCAAUGUUGUCCGUUCCUCAAUGUUUUGUCCGACCAAAUGAUGUGCGCAAACAAGCGGAUGAAGCGAAAGCACGUUUCGCCCAUAUCGAUGGCGAUCAUUUAACCAUGUUGAAUGUUUAUCACGCAUUCAAACAGAAUCAUGAGGAUAAUCAUUGGUGUUACGAAAACUUUGUGAACUACCGUUCAUUAAAAUCAGCAGACAACGUUCGAACACAACUUGGACGUAUCAUGGAUCGCUUCAACCUUCGACGUACAUCAACAGAAUUUACAUCGCCGGAUUAUUAUUUAAAUAUCCGUAAAGCCUUAGUUAGUGGAUUCUUCAUGCAAAUUGCACAUCUGGAAAAAACUGGUCAUUAUUUAACAAUAAAAGAUAGUCAAGUGGUUCAAUUACACCCGUCAACUGUUCUUGAUCAUAAACCUGAAUGGGUUCUAUACAAUGAAUUUGUUUUGACGACUAAAAACUACAUUCGGACAGUAACUGACAUUAAACCUGAAUGGUUAUUGUCUAUUGCGCCCCAAUAUUAUGAAUUACAAUCAUUACCCAACGGUGAAGCUAAACAACAAUUAACGCGUAUCUAUCAACGUAUGGAGAAUAAGAGGCAUGCUCAGACAACAGCACAAAAGUGA